UUCUGGGGUCGGUUCUGGAGUUUUGUUCACUUUCGGUACUGUUUUGUUCACUUUUGGCACCGUUUGUCCCAUUUUGAUACAGUUUUGUUUACUUUUGGUACCAUUUGUCCCCUUUUGAUACAGUUUUGUUCACUUUUGAUAUAGUUUUGUUCACUUUUGAUAUAGUUUUGUUCACUUAACACCAUUUUGUUUGCUUUUGGUACAGUUUUGUUCACUUUUGGCACCGUUUUGUUCGCUUUCGGUACCGUUCUGUUCCCUUUUAACACCGCUUUGUUACCCCUCACCUCGCCGCUGCCCGCCGCCAUCUUGUCCCCGCGGGACCACGCCUGCGCGGGGCGGGGCCGCGCCUGCGCGGACCGGCCGCAUCGAGCGUGGGGAAGCCGCGGUGCAAUGGCGACCGCGGGCGCUGAGGGGCCGGAGCCGGACUCGGAGGGCGGCGGAGCCGGCGAGGAGCUGGAGCUCACCCCGGCGCAGCUCAUCCGCAGCCUGGAGCAGGCCUGGCUGAAUGAGAAGUUCGCUCCGGAGCUGCUGGAGAGCAAACCGGAGAUCAUCGAGUGCGUUGUGGAGCAGCUGGACCAUAUGGAGGCAAACCUGAAACGGGCAAAGGGAGGAGACUUGAAGGUGAGCGUCCAUCGGAUGGAGAUUGAACGGAUCCGCUAUGUGCUCAGCAGCUACUUGCGGUGUAGGCUGGUGAAGAUAGAGAAGUUCUUCCCCCAUGUCUUGGAGAAGGAGAAGUCUCGAGCCGAAGGGGAGCCUUCCAUUCUGUCACCAGAGGAAUUUGCUUUUGCUAAAGAAUACAUGGCAAACAUGGAGACCUAUCUGAAAAACGUGGGCCUAAAACACAUGCCACCUAACCUGCAGAAGGUGUCUCUGCUGAAAUCAGUUCCAAAGCCCAACCUGGACUCCUUCGUGUUCCUGCGGGUGCUGGAGCGGCAGGAGAAUAUCCUGGUCGAGCCGGAGUUUGAUGAGCAGAGGGAUUACACCAUUGACCUGGAGGAGGGCUCCCAGCAUCUCAUCCGCUACAAGGUCAUUGCCCCACUGGUGGCCUCAGGAGCGGUGCAGCUCAUCUGAGGGCUCCUGCCCGCUGAGCGCCCGCAGCCAUGCCGGUGGACCUGGCCGUGCGGCUCUGCCUGGGCCACUCGCCCCCCAUCCGCAAGCUGCUGAACUCCUACGAGGAGCUGCGGGGCAGCCGCGGGCGAAAACCCCUCCGG